AUGGCAGCGGCCACCGAAGGCUUUACAGUCCCAGAAUCUCAGGCGGCUUCCGAGCCCAACUCGCCCACUACACGAAACUCUGUGGGCGGCGAUGGGUCCGAGACUUCGGGAGCCGUGGGUGGCGCGGUAGCGGAGGAAUCGGAGAGUCUCGCCGCGGACGAGGUAGACGAGCACGCGGAUGAAGAAGUAGACGAGCACGCGGAUGAAAAGGUAGAGGAACACGUGGAUGAAAAGGUAGAGGAACACGCGGAUGAAAAGGUAGAGGAACACGCGGAUGGGGCUGCUGAACAACCGGUUGAAUGGACCCCCCUUGAUAAGGACCUUUUAGACGCAGCCGUCAACAACCCAGCCAGGAUCCCGUGGUUGGUCAACCGAGGAGCCAAUGUCGCCGUCAGAUCCUCCUCCGGCCAGCCCCUUCUGGUGAUCUUGAUCAAAAACGGACUGCGGAAAGAUGAAACGACCACAGUGCUCAAAGUGCUUCCUGGGCUCCUGCGCCGCAUGACCAAGGAACAAAUCAACGCGCGGAAUCGCAAGCAAAUGACCGCGCUGGUUUCUGCCGUCUACGGAGACCCGCCCCAAGUUCACCUAGCCCAUCGGUACGAAAUCAUAGAGCUCCUCAUCAAGCACCAUGCCGACCUCAAUGCAAAAGACAAGGAUGGAUGUACCGCGCUAGAUUGGGCCUGUCGAAGAGGUUAUACGGGGAUCGUCAGGCUGCUUCUUGAUAGCGGCGCGGAUGCUGAUGUCAAAGAUAACGAACUCUGGACCCCCUUGGAAACGGCUGCGAGAUAUGGCCACGAUGAGAUCUUGAAGAUGCUCCUCGAUAAAGGCGUCAAGGUAGAUGAACCCGAUAUCAACGGCCGGCCGCCGCUCAUGGUAGCUUCCUGCUACGGCCAGGACAAGAUUGUCAAGCUUCUUCUAGAAGAAGAUGUGGAGAUAGACAGAACAGACGAGAGUGGGUUGACAGCACUUGAGGAGGCCGUAUAUGGUUGCUACGAAAAUAUUGUUCAGAUGCUUUUGGAUAGGGGCGCGGAUCCCAACAAGUUGGACGGGGACGGGUGUACGCUCCUCUACGCUGCUAGCCGAGUCGGAUACGACGGGAUUGUGAGGCUUCUACUCUCAAGGGAUUGCGAUGUCGACGAAGCUGACGAGGACGGCUGGACUCCGCUCAUGGCCGCCUGUCUCAAUAACCACAAACAAGUAGUGAUCCGACUUCUCGAAAGGGACCCUGAUAUUGACAAGGCCGAUUCCAAUGGGUGGACCUCGCUUGGAAUAGCUGCCCGCCAUGGUUAUACUGAGAUCGUGGAUCUCCUCUUAGAUCGAGGGGCGGAACCCAAUAUAACAAACGGAGAGGGAUGGACGCCGCUCGGGGUUGCCUCGCGAUAUGGGUUUGACGAUAUCGUGCGGGCUCUUUUACGAAAGGGCGCCAGACCAAACAUCAGCGAUGCUGGCGCAUGGAACCCGCUGAUAAGUGCCAGCAGGUGGGGGUACGAGGCCAUCGUUGGGAUGUUGUUAGACGCCAAAGCCGAUAUCCACACCACCGACGAAUCCGGCCUCAGUGCCCUGCAUUCGGCUGCCUUCUUCGGUCACAAGGAAAUUGUCAAACUCCUUCUCCAACGCGGGGCUGAUACGACACUCCAUGAUCGCGACGGUGAAACCCCUCUCCACCUUGCAAGUCGCCAGGGAUACGCCGUUAUCGUCGAAGAGCUUCUUAAGCAUCAGCGACGCGACGGCGUUAACACUCGAGACAAGGAUUCUGAAACCGCCUUGCAUGUCGCGGCUCGAUACACGUCCGAGCGUGUAUCCUUGCUUAUCAAUGACGACGCAAAAGAGGAUACCGAUCGUUUCUGUGAGACGAGGACAGGCGACGAUGCUCCUGGGCGGUUCCAACGCGUCGUCGAACUUCUUCUCGACAACGGCGCAGACCCGACGUUGCUAACCGAAGACGGAGAGACAGCACUGCACUCGUCGGCGCGCAUUGACGACGGUGAGCGGACCAAGUUGAUUCUUAAUAGGACGAAGGAAGAUAGGAGGGCACUCCGGAACAACGAUGGAGAGACGGCACUUUACAUCGCCGCCGACAGGGAGAACCCGGACACGCUACGGCAACUGCUUUUUGGUCUUAAAGCUAUAGACUGGGGCACCGACGAUAUCGAGGAGGAUACUUUGCUUUGGGCGGCCCGUUCCGAGUCCACUCAUGACAUUGUGCGUCUGCUCCUGCUCUACAGCAAACGUCCGACGACUGCCCAGUUCCCUUUGGAUACAAAUUGGGACGCCUUAACUAUGGCGGCUUAUUAUGGCGAAUAUGAGUUAGUGCGGACGUUGCUUCAAAGUACGGGGCUCCAUCCAGGAGAUAAUAAGAGGAGAAAGACGGCCGAAGCCGUAGUCAAGAAGCUUAUCAAACUUAUGGAAAGUAACGAUGCGGGACAGGACAAGAGGAUCUCCGGUGACCGCAGCACACUGCUGCGCCCAAAGGACCCGGACGCGGGUGGCUCGGUGACUGAGAAGGAUGACUCGGAAAGUGUGAAGAGAGGCUCGAUGGAGGUAGGCAGGGACGGCUCGGAUGCGAAGAAGUCUGAUGAUGAGGGAGGAGAAGACGCCGGAAGCAAUACAAAAAGCGAGGCCCGUCCCUCGAAGCCGAGAGUAAAUGUUGCACGUUCGCGAGAGUGCUACGACGAGAUCCUAGACAUUUUACUUGACCCCCCCAUGGUCAGGAUGAUCGUCAAGACAUCGGCCGAGCGAGUACCAUACUUCAAGCCAGAGCUCGAGGUUGAGUUUCCCGAGAUCGACGCCUGCAUCAUCGACUUUUAUGCCAAGGACGGCCGAUCGGGUUUCCUGCGCAGGUUCAGGGACGUCAAGGAAGUGAUAUAUAACGCGGGACCGAACGAGAUCAUGGAGCAGGCUCGAAACGCCAUGCAGAACGGGGACGAGGACGAGGAUGAUGAUGAGACGUAUUCCGAGGAGGACCUGUCGUUCAGGUGGAUCCAUCUGCCAGCGAAUAAUUUGCAGUGGAUGAACGAUUUGGUGCUGAGGAUUUUCAUCGACGAUGAUGAGCCGCAGGAAGCUCACGAGGAGUUGCAGGCUUUUUUGAGAGCUAGUUGGCAUGAGGUUCCCGAUGCGUCAUUUGAAUCUCGGUUUAUGAAGCCGAGUUGCUCGACGUGGCUUGGGGACAAGUGGAAAGAUAAGCCGCAAAAGCCGCCUCGAGGGGAGCCAUCCGAGGAUGAACUCCCCGAGUCUAGGCGUCGUACUGGUUCGGCGGCUUCUAUCCACACCACCGGUAGUAGGGCGAGUGGUAGUAAGGCCGGAUCGGUGGAGCAUCCCGUGGACAGGAAAUCAGAUAGUUCCUCACAUUUGGAGAAACCGGAGCAGAAUUCUCCAGAGAACAGAUGCCAUGUUGCUCUCUACAUGCCCUACAUCACCUUCUCCGAGCAAAGGAAGGAUGGUACAACCAGCGAAGAAUACCAAAAACUCCUAAAGUGCUACGAAAACACGAACGUCGUGAUGCACGGAACCCGAACGCUAGACGAAUUUUACUACCACUUCGAACGAGACCACGCCUCCGAAGAGGAGAGGAGACGUCGUAAUAAGGAUCAGAUCGUUACGGCUGAGCUUAAUGCUGGUGGUGAUGUCGCAGAAUGCGAAUCUUGGACGAUUCUAACAGUUGAUCAACUCUGGCUCUGGGUGAUUAAUGAGAAAUACAUCAUUACGUCGUCGACUCACCGCGUCGACGACGCCGACGACAUUGUUCCUAUUACUGUUCUAAACUACCUCAGCAACAUCCCCGGAAACGAGCGGGCGCAGCCGCAGCCAGACUCUGCCAUCGCGAUGAGCAAAUUUAUCGUAGACUUUUGCGUCGGGUUCUUCGGACACUUACGCGCGGAUGCCGGCUUGAUGAUUAAGAAGCCGGAGGGUCGUCGAUCGACUCGCCAGAUCUUUUCCGAUGCCAUUAAUCGAGCCUCCAUCAAAGAAGCAGAGCUCUUUCGAAACUUCACGGAGCGGGGUGGUAAUUCCGCAUCCGAUGAGAACAGGCUCAAGUCGGUCCGCGCGGCAGCGGACCUUCUCCGAAAAGUCAAAGAUAUCCGCGACGAGCUUAACAUACUGCGGGUUAUCGUGACGCAUCAGCAGCGCGUGCAGGAGGGAUUACCCGUGGGUAUUGCGAGCAAUGAUCGCCAUGCCAGGUCUAUCCUUGGGGACAUCGAGGAGUUGGACAAGGUUGCUAAGAAGAUUGAGGGAGCGGUCAACGCGACUCUCGGCCUUGAGCAAAGCGCCAUUGCCAUUGCCCAGUCAGAAGAAACUGUGCAGCAAGGGAGAACGCUGAUGGCGUUCACCAUUAUGACCAUUUUGUUUCUCCCAAUAUCUUUCCUCACAUCCCUCUUUGCUCUGAAUAUCAGCUCGUUCCAGAGGCGGGAGGAUGGAGAUCUCAGCUACACGCCCGGCUGGAUAUACCCCAAGAUCUUUGGUCCAUCACUAGCCGUCUGGGUUCCGGCUCUCCUGUGGGCGUUUUUCUCGAAACAGACGAUGAACUUCUUCACGAACUUGAAGAUGCCUAGCAUUUCGCCCACGGAGUACAAAUCGAGGAUGAAGAAGCAGAAGAAGAUGAAACCCACCCCAUUCAAAGACUCGAUAGAAACGAUAGAAAUCACGACGAAAUGGGAGGAGGGAAAGGAGAAGCACGGCCACGCUUCGCCCUUGGCUUUUGACAAGGAUCGUCUGCGGAAGCGUGUACCUUGGGUUGGUACUAAGAAGAAGGCACCCGUAGAUGAGGAAGCCGGGGCCAUGGGGCGGUUCGGAGAUGGGUGCCAAUGGCAAGUAGCAGAAGUGUUGAAAGAUGAGAGUAGAAACAUUCAUCUUCGGCGCAAACGCGUGCUGGUUUGA